AUGGAGGAAGAAGAUAGCAAGAUUCCUAGGAUCAUAGAACAAGACGGGCAUGGUGGAAGUGAUCUGAAAGUAGUCGGUGAGUCAAAAAAGAAGAAGAAGAAGUAUUGGAUGGGUUGUCUGAGAGCUGAAUCUGACGAAAGUGGAAACACUGAUUUGACUGUUGAUUUCCCUGGUGAACGCGCUGCGCCUACUCACCUUGUUGUCAUGGUCAACGGUCUCAUCGGCAGUGCUCAGAACUGGAGAUUCGCUGCUAAGCUGUUUCUUAAGAAGUAUCCUCAGGAUCUCGUCGUUCACUGUGAUAAACGCAACCAUUCUACACAGACAUUUGAUGGUGUUGAUGUUAUGGGAGGAAGAUUAGCAGAAGAGGUAGUUAGGUCGGUGAUUAAACGUCACCCAAGUCUUCAGAAGAUUUCCUUUAUAGGACAUUCUUUAGGUGGCUUGAUUGCUAGGUAUGCUGUUGCUUGUCUUUAUGAGCAAGAGUCCCGACAAGAGCUUCCACAAAACAGUGAAGACAUUUCUGAUACAUGCCUGAAAGAGAGAAUAGCUGGAUUGGAGCCUGUUUAUUUUAUUACUUCUGCAACUCCACACCUUGGUUCAAGAGGACAUAAGCAG